UCUGAGGCCCGGCGACGAGUACAUCUUUGCUUUGGAAUUGAAGACCUACUCGCCAGAGGACCCCAACAGAGAAUUCCCUGGUCACAACAUGGCAGUUAAAGUGGACCUGUCAGGGGUGCGGGUGUGGGUGUUAAGGCCGGCUAUUCAAAGGCUAUGGGAAUACAUUGGCUCGGCAUUCAUACCCUCAGUGUCUGGUGACACUAGUGGUGACACCACACCCAUUGUGGACAUUCCUACUGAGGAUGAGAGACCGCCUGAAAGGAUGUUCACGGCCGACAGCUCGGCGUUAGACAGUGGCGAGACUGACAGUAUCGACUCCUCGGGUUACUACUCGCUUGACGAGAGCCUUGAGGAUGAUGAUAAUGGUGAAGGAGGAGCGAAGGGGGGCA